AUGAUAUCAUUUAAACCUCGACAUGUAUUUCAGAUAUGGAUUCUGUAUUACUUGGAAUGCCCAUACCACACCGCAUCGCUGCGACCGACAAGCGUGGAUGUAUUCAACUGGACGGCAACCUACCGUCACGACUCCGAUAUCGUCGCCCCUUACGAAAAAUGGGUCUAUCACGAUCCCAUUAUCACUGAGAAAGAGCUUGAAAGAAAUUACGCGGCUAACAAGACUAAGAAAGUUGCCUGGUUCGUAUCCAACUGCCACGCACGUAACCGCCGCCUGCAGUACGCCCGCCAGCUUGCCAAGCACAUCCCCGUCGACAUCUACGGGGCCUGCGGCUCGCACCACUGUCCCCGCACGGACCCUAACUGCUUGGAAAUGCUCGACAAAGAGUACAAAUUCUACCUCGCCUUUGAAAACUCCAACUGUCGCGAUUAUAUAACGGAAAAGUUCUUUGUAAAUGGCUUACAACACGAUGUGCUGCCAAUAGUAAUGGGGGCACGGCCUUCAGAUUACGCGGCAGUCGCGCCGCACAAUUCCUAUGUACAUGUUGAAGAAUUUGCUAAUCCAGAAGAGUUGGCUUCAUAUCUACGUCGACUGGAUGAAGAUGACAGUCUUUACAAUUCGUAUUUCAAGUGGAAGGGCACUGGAGAAUUUAUAAACACAUAUUUCUUCUGCCGCGUCUGCGCAAUGGUUCACGCUAACGGGCGCAGACAGCGCAACGCACACUACACGGACGUGCAAGCGUGGUGGCGCGACGCGACGUGCACGCGCGGUGAUUGGCGCUCCACGGUACGCGACCCCCGUGAUAACGGCUAAUGUGACACUACCCUUAUGCGAUUCUAUCUUGAGUGAUUACCAAAGGUGGCAGUUGAAGUGAUAGCACAAAACAAACGACACAUCACACAAUAUUGUCUUUUUUUAUUGACAUGAAUAAGAAUAUAUAAUUAACAUCUUCGGUAAUUAUCCAAUGAUGUAUCUUCCGUAUAGUGCAGUCAGACGUACUAUGCUUAAAGCGCUAGCAACUGAGUAUUUUUUAAAAUCUUCUAGCACUAGAACUGAAUGUUGAAAAACCUAGGGAAGAGACAGCGGCGUCUCUGAUGUGUGCUUCGCUUGUCAUACAUAAUAUGACGCACUCAUGGCUCUGUCCUAAUGAUUUUUUUCAUCUAAAGAAGAAUAUAAUAAUAGUUCAAGCACAAACCAAAAACAACAGAGCCAUGAUAGCCCAUUAUUGUUAAAAUGGUGUAGUAUUCACGUCCAUUACAAUUAGAUAUACAAGUAUGUAUAUGUAUUAAAUCUAUUCAAAAUUAUUUUGAUGUGCAAUUUUAAAUAAAUUUGUGAAUAAUGUCAAUAUAUGCUUGUGUGUAUGAAUAUGAAUUUAGAAGGAUGUUAGUAGAAAUCAAUGAGGAAAGUGAUGAAUUAUCAUCACAAUACUAUACUUGAGGUAUUUUUUCAUUCUUUAUGCUGUAGGUAUACAUUAAACAAAAAAGAAAAAACUCAAAGACAAAACGUGUCAUUAGAUUGAAAUAUGAUUUUUGUCAGUAUCGUUUCUGUUUUACAAAAUUUAAUGACAUUAUUUUUCUCAUCAAAAAUCUGUAUUUUUAUAGUUGUUUUACUCAACAAGUGGGUAAUCUUUCUAAACUUCUUAAUAAUAAGAUAACUGUACAAUAGACUUAAUCAUCAUUUAACAUUAUUAUGAAUCACAAACAUCAAGAAAUAUAUUUAAUUGUUAUAUUAAAUGUUAUUAACACCCAAAAUGAGAAAUUAUGAAUCAAAUAUGGGUAAUAAGUGAAUUAGAAUAUAUUUUAUCCAAAGAACAUUGGAUGAUAAACAUUGUACUUAAUACGCAUUAUACAAGGUUUUUGCAUUUGUUAGUUUUAUUAUAAAAUAUUUUGUACUUAUUUUCUACAGUAUUUUUAAAAUACAUUAUUUUUAUUUAUUGUUGUUUGUUAUAUUGUAUGUUUGAAUUAAGUAUUAUUGUUGGAUGCAAAUAAAAUGCAUAAAUGUUAAUUGUACUGUAACAUUAGCCACAUUCCAUGUAUUAUUUACAGUUUAUUUUAUUUAUCAGUUCUUAUUUAUUUUAUAAAAAGCAUUUCCACCCUUAUUGAGUUACCAUUUGUAUCUAGAAAUAAGGUUUACAUUUGCAAACUAAGGUGUUGUCAGUAAUUGGUUAAAAAUGUUUGAUUUGUUUA